UAUUGAAUUAGGAAAAUACAGGUACAUGACCUCUUUAUCUAGUGGAAUGGUCGGUCAACUUUGAAAAUUGACGGAUUUCUUAACAUGGUUUGACAGCAGGAGCCACUUUGUCUCAUUUUAUAGUAUAGGGGUAUAUGCGACACUGACAAUAAGUACAUGGGUGCAAUUUGUAAAUACUUAAAGAAUAGUCAUUGAAAAUAAAAAAGUUGGUUGCGAAUAAAAUAAAGAUAAUACUAAUAAAGAUCCAAUAAAAUAUGCUGGUUGCGAAUAUCACCUACACUCUCACAUCUCCUCCAGACAAAAUAUGCUUAAACUCGAGCUAACAAAAAUAAAAAUCGAAAAUGGCUUCGGCUGUGCGGUUAUCCUGCCAUAGCUUCAGCCGGAGGAAUUCGAUACCUGCUAGAGUUGAUCGAUCUCAGAUUCUCUGCAAUUCCUCGCCGCCGCAUUCCGCCGGAGCAGAAGACUCCCGAUCUUUCAAGGAGGAAAGUGAACCGCAUCUGGUUUUGCUGGAAAAAUACGGGAAUGGCACUUCCAAGAGAUAUAUUUUGGAAACUGAUUUGCAAAUUAGAAUAGUACUCGAGAAACACUUGCCCGCAACUAAUGUGUUGCAAGAUUCGCGUGAUGUGGAAAACGACACGGACUUGUCUUGGCUUCCAAAAGUCAUCAAGGAUUUUGUUCUGCCUGCAGGCUUCCCAGAGUCAGUUUCAGAUGAUUACUUGGAGUACAUAUUGCUUCAGUUUCCAACUAAUGUUACAGGGUGGAUAUGUCAUACUUUGGUGACGUCCAGUCUUUUAAAGGCUGUUGGAGUAGGAUCAUUUCCAGGAACUACAGCUGCAGCAACAGCUGCAGCUUCUGCCGCUGCCAUUAGAUGGGUGUCAAAGGAUGGCAUUGGUGCAGUUGGGCGCUUAGUCAUUGGUGGAAGAUUUGGUAAUCUUUUUGACGACGAUCCUAAACAAUGGCGCUUGUAUGCAGACUUCAUUGGCAGCACCGGGAGCAUCUUUGAUUUGAGCACCCAACUAUAUCCUGCUUAUUUCUUGCCGUUGGCGUCACUAGGAAAUCUUGCAAAGGCAGUUGGGAGGGGUCUCAGAGAUCCUUCAUUUCGAGUAAUACAAAACCAUUUUGCAAUCUCCGGAAAUUUGGGAGAUGUAUCUGCAAAGGAGGAAGUUUGGGAAGUAGCCGCCCAGCUGGUCGGCCUUGGUUUAGGCAUACUUGCUCUGGAUACACCUGGUAUUACGUCGUCAUACACUGUUUUUGUAUCGACAUGGCUGGGUGUGCGGCUUCUUCACCUCUGGUUCCGCUAUUUGUCCCUCUCAGUUCUGCGGUUUAACACGAUAAAUCUCAAGCGUGCUCGCAUACUAGUGAACUCGCAUGUUUUACAUCAAAAGGUUCCUGGAAUCAGUGACUGCAACAGGAUGGAAAAUGUUUUAGUGUGGGAAAGAUUUAUUCGACCGAAAAUUACUUUCGGUGUGCCCUUGGAAGAAAUGGUUACUGGCAAAAAACGUGGCUCUGUGUUGAGGAGACUUGUUAAACUAUAUGCGGAGGAGAAGUAUUUUCUUGUGGUGAACCAAACGCAAACAGAAUUUGAGGUCUUUGUGUCAUUCAAGGAGGGAGCUACAAAUGUUGCAGUGCUUCGAAGUGUGUGGCAAUCGUACUGGCUCCAUCAGAAUCGAACCAGAUCAGACGAUGAUGACGUGUCGAGCCAGCUUGAGGGAAGCUUGAUUGAAUUGAAGGAUAGAUUUGAUGAUUUUUUGAUACAAGUAAAAGAGAGUGGAUGGGAUACAGAUCAGAUGAAUCUCAAGGUCCCAAAGGAAAUCUCAAUCCAGGAACAUCUUACCCUCUAAUCAAGCAAUAGAACCUCGAUAAAAUUAAUAAUCUCGUUUAAAUGAUAUUUUUUUUCGGUCUCGACUCAAGGACAACGUGCUAAAAAAUAUUUCGUUAAAUUAAUAAAAUUUGGCUGGCCCCAACUGUAUUAAUAUA